AUGAAAGUCCAAGCCAACGGUGGUCUCACCGACAGCUAUGCCUUCACGACAACUGAGGAACAAGGUGGCGAGAAAGGCGACACCGCAUCCGAUAUUGGCGUGUCCGCGAUUGUCCAGACCACCGUUGACUCCAUCAGUAUUGCCGGAAAACCCCCCAGGAAAGCGAGUGCAUCGAGGAAGCGUUCACGGCCAAGGCACCCAUCAAAACACUGUGAUGGCAUCAAGAUGCCAAAAGCCGCGGCAACUCCAGCGACUGCAAAAGCACCGGCAAAGAGACAGGACAAUGAAGCCGAUGCCGCCCCUGGAAGUUCCGAUGCCGCCCCUGGAGGUACCGAUGCCGAGUGGAUGGGGUUCACUUAUGAGGAACUCUUUGGUGACAAGGGAGAAGAUGACGACGAAUGCUACGGCUACAACUACGUAACGGGCGACUUCACUCUUGAGGAAUGCUCCUAA